GUUUUCUUCCCCGGGUGGAAGCGCUGCCAGCUCAGAGGAAGGAGGGAAGGGGCGAGCCGGGCGCGACAAGUUUCCUUGACUCCUCCUCCGCCGUGUCUCCCUCCCUCGCCAAGCCCAGCCUGUGAAACGGAGUAACGUGCUCGCCAAAGCCUGCGCAGCGCUGACUGCACGGUCCCGCGCCCCCGCCGCCGCACCAGGAGCAGAGCCUGCCGGGCCGCGCACACAGUGCGCCCGCAGCCGCCCGCCGCCAGGUGCCCGGCCCCGCCGCCGCGAUGCCCUGCGCGCCCGGGCUGCGCGCGCUGUGGCUGUGCGCCGCGCUCUGCGCCUCCCCGUGCGCCCCCCAGCCCGGCCCGGCGCCCGCCGCCUGCCCGGCCCCCUGCCACUGCCAGGAGGACGGCGUCAUGCUGUCGGCCGACUGCUCGGAGCUCGGGCUCUCCGCCGUGCCCCGGGACCUGGCCCCCCUGACGGCUUACCUAGACCUGAGCAUGAACAACCUCACGGAGCUGCAGCCCGGCCGCUUCCGCCACCUGCGCUUCCUGGAGGAGCUGCGUCUCUCGGGCAACCGUCUGUCGCGCAUCCCGGGAGGAGCGUUCUCCGGCCUGCACAGCCUGAAGAUCCUGAUGCUGCAGAACAACCAGUUGGGGGGCGUCCCGGCCGAGGCGCUGCGGCAGCUGCCGAGUCUGCAGUCUCUGCGCCUCGACGCCAACCUCAUCUCCCUGGUCCCAGAGCGGAGCUUCGAGGGGCUGUCCCGCCUCCGCCACCUGUGGCUGGACGACAACGCCCUCACCGAGGUCCCCGUCAGGGCCCUCAACAACCUCCCUGCCCUGCAGGCCAUGACCCUGGCCCUCAACCGCAUCAGCCACGUCCCGGACUACGCCUUCCAGAACCUCAGCAGCCUGGUGGUGCUGCACCUGCACAACAACCGGAUCCAGCACCUGGGGACCCACAGCUUUGAGGGGCUGCGCAGCCUGGAGACGCUGGACCUGAACCACAACGAGCUGCACCAGUUCCCCGUCGCCGUGCGCACGCUGGGCAGGCUGCAGGAGCUGGGCUUCCACAACAACAACAUCCGGGCCAUCCCGGAGAAGGCCUUCGUGGGGAACCCGCUGCUGCAGGCGAUACACUUCUACGACAACCCGAUCCAGUCCGUGGGGAGGUCUGCGUUCCAGGACCUGCCGAAGCUGCACACGCUGUCCCUGAACGGAGCCACGGACCUCCAGGAGUUCCCAGACCUCAAAGGCACCACCAGCCUGGAGGCCCUGACCCUGACCCGCGCCGGCGUCCGGCUGCUCCCGCCCGGGAUGUGCCAGCAGCUGCCCAGGCUCCGCAUCCUGGAACUGUCUCAUAACCGCAUCGAGGAGCUGCCCAGCCUGCACAGGUGCCAGAAGCUGGAGGAGAUCGGCCUCCAGCACAACCGCAUCUGGGAGGUCGGAGCCGACACCUUCCGCCAGCUGAGCUCCCUGCGGGCCCUGGACCUGAGCUGGAACGCCAUCCGGUCCAUCCACCCGGAGGCCUUCGCGACCCUGCGGUCCCUGGUCAAGCUGGACCUGAGAGACAACCAGCUGACCGCACUGCCCCUGGCCGGGCUGGGGGGCCUGGUGCACCUCAAACUCAGAGGGAACCCGGCUCUGUCUCAGGCCUUCUCCAAGGACAGUUUCCCCAAACUGAGGAUCCUGGAGGCGCCGCACGCCUACCAGUGCUGCGCCUACGGCGGCCUCUGUGCGGGCCUCUUGAAGGCCCCCAGGCCGCGGGAGGCGGACGGCGUCCACCCAGAGGAUGAGGAGGCUCCCAAGAGUCCCCUGGGACUUCUCUCGGGACAAGCCGAGAGCCACUAUGACCUGGACCUGGACGAGCUCCAGCUGGAGGCGGAGGACCGGAGGCCGCAGCCCAGUGUCCAGUGCAGCCCGGUUCCAGGCCCCUUCAAGCCCUGCGAGCACCUGUUUGAGAGCUGGGCCGUCCGCCUGGCCGUGUGGGCCGUGGCCGUGCUGUCGCUGCUCGGCAACGCGCUGGUGCUGCUCAGCGUCUUCGCGGGGGGGCCCGGCCCCCUGCCCCCGGUCAAGUUCGUGGUCGGUGCCAUCGCCGGGGCCAACACCGUCACCGGCGUCUCCUGCGGCCUCCUGGCCUCCGUGGAUGCCCUGACCUUCGGCCGGUUCGCCGAGUACGGGGCCCGCUGGGAGUCGGGGCCAGGCUGCCGGGCCACGGGCUUCCUGGCGGUGCUCGGGUCCGAGGCCUCGGCGCUGCUGCUGGCCCUGGCCGCCCUGCAGUGCGGCGCCUCCGCCUCCUGCGCCCGGGCCCGCGGGAAGGCGCCCGCCCUGGGCAGCGUGCGGGCGGGGGCGCUGGGCUGCCUGGCACUGGCGGGGCUGGCUGCCGCCCUGCCCCUGGCCUCGGUGGGGGACUACGGGGCCUCGCCACUCUGCCUGCCCUACACGCCGCCCGAGGGCCGGCCGGCCGCCCCGGGCUUCGCCGUGGCCCUGGUGGUGCUGCACUCCCUCUGCUUCCUGGUGGCGGCCUGUGCCCACAUCCGGCUCUACUGCGAGCUGCCGCGGGGCACGCCGGGCACGGCCGGGGACGGCGCCCUGGCACGGCACGUGGCCUGGCUCAUCCUGGCCGACGGGCUGCUCCACUGCCCCGUGGCCUUCCUCAGCGUGGCCUCCACGCUGGGCCUCCUGCCCGUGGCGCCCGAGGCUGUCAAGUCCGUCCUGCUGCUGGUGCUGCCGCUGCCCGCCUGCCUGAACCCCCUGCUCUUCCUGCUCUCCAGCCCCCACCUCCGCGAGGACCUGGGGCGGCUCUGGCCCCGGGCGGGCGCCGCGCGGCCCCUGGUCUCAGCCGCCGCCGGCCACCUGCAGAAGAGCGCCUGUGACUCCACACAGGCCCUGGUGGCCUUUUCCGACGUGGACCUCGUCCUGGAAGCUUCUGAGGCCACGCGCUCCCCCGGGCCGGAGCCCUGCGGCUUCCCUGCAGGGGCCCUGGUCUCCCAGGGGGCCACCGGGCUGGAAGGCGGCUGCUGUGUGGAGCCAGAGGGAACCCGCUUUGAGAACCAGCAGCCCUCCAUGGACAGGGAGCUGCUGCUGAGAGCAGAGGGGGCCGCGCCGGGUGGCGGGCGCUCGUCAGUGGGCAGGGGCGGCCCGAGCUCCGGCUCCGCCUUUGCCUCCCACGUGUAAACGCCCCCCACCCCUGUGUCCGGUCUGCUGCUUCCCUCCCCCCAGGAGUGGCAGCUGCUUGGACACUGGACCCAGCUGCACUCAGCCCGUUGUGCCCGGGAGGAGGCCCCGCGUCCAUCCCCGGCGUGGGCUGUGUGGCCUGGUUUCCUCUGGGUCGUCGUCCUUCGGGCGCCGCUCGCUCACCUCUGCUUCAGGGAGGGGCCCUCGUGGGAAAGGCCUUCAAGGGGCGGCCAGAGGCGUGUGGGCC